GUCAAAAACAAAAAGACACUGGUUUGCAAUUUCUACUUUAACUGCUUAGGAAAACUGAAGACGCGUAGGGAUUUCUCUGCUAUAAAGGCCUUUCCUAUUCCCCUUCCUAAUUGUUCAUUCAACCUGAGCGCUCAUUUUCACCAUCGACGACCCGAUUCAUCAUCCUUCCCACCCAUCUUCGAAGCCCAGCUCCGUUCAUCCAUCUUCCUCACCGUCGACCCCACGCACCAUCGCCGACCCGAUUACUCAUCCUCCUCACCCAUCUUCGAAGUCCAACUCCGUUCAUACAUCAUACUCACCGAAGCUCUCUGCUCAAUAAGCCAUUGCCGACCCACGCAAGCCACGCCCCAUCUCCGAGCUGUUACUGACCCAAACCCCGUCGCUGAUCUUUCUCCACUCUACAGAUCUUGAUGGCGGCUUUCCCGACCGAUGAGGGAGACUCCUUUUCUUCUUCCACUCAGAAGUGGGACUAUGAUGUCUUCUUGAGUUUUAGAGGUGAAGAUACUCGUCAUGGUUUUACUGGCCAUUUAUAUCAGGCUUUGUGUGACAAAGGUUUCAACACCUUCAUUGAUAAUAAAGAUCUCCAAAGAGGUGAAAAAAUUUCAGAGGAACUUAUCAAAGCCAUUAAAUCAUCAAUGAUUUCAAUUAUCAUAUUCUCUCAAAAUUAUGCAUUUUCCACUUGGUGCCUCGAAGAACUUACCAAAAUUCUUGAGUGUGAGAAAAAUGGACAAAAAGUUUUACCAGUUUUUUACAAAGUGGAUCCAUCUGAAGUACGCAAGCAGGAAGGUAGUUUUGGAUUAGCACUGACUACACAUGAAAAAAAAUUCGAGAAUAACAUAGAGAAAGUGCUGAGGUGGAGGGCAGCUUUAUGUGAAGCAGCUAGUUUGUCUGGAUGGCAUUAUGAGGAUGGUUCUCCUGAAUAUCAGUGUAUCCAAGGAAUUAUUAGAGUGGUAUCAAGUACCAAAUUAAAUCGCACAAAGUUAUUUGUUGCUAAAUACCCAAUUGGAGUAGAUUCUCGUGCAAAAGUCGUAGAACGUCUUUUAAACAUUAAGUCAAAUGAUGUUCACGUGGUUGGAAUUCAUGGCCUUGGAGGAAUAGGAAAGACUACAAUUGCAAAAGCUGUUUAUAAUAGAGUUGCUAAUCAUUUUGAAGGAAGUAGCUUCCUAAUGAAUGUUAGAGAAAAUUCAAGAACAGAUCGUAGCAUAAUUGAACUACAAGAGCAACUUCUUUCUGAGAUCUUAGGGGGCAAAGAAUUUAAGGUGCACAGUACAUCCAAAGGAAUCAAUGUGAUCAAAGAAAGACUUUCAUGUAAAAAGAUUCUUUUGAUUCUUGAUGAUGUGGAUAAAUUGGGCCAAGUAGAAAAUUUUCUUGGAAAAUGCAAUUGGCUUGCUAAUGGAAGUAGAGUUAUUAUAACCACAAGAGACAGACAUGUGCUAACCACUCUUGAAAUUUAUCCUUUAAUCUACAAGGUGGUGCAAUUGGAUCGACAUGAAGCUCUUCAACUCUUUAGUAAGCACGCCUUCAAUAAAAGCGAACCUGAGGCAAAUUAUUUACUUCUUACAAAUCAAUUCAUAUGUUAUGCCAAUGGCCUUCCAUUAGCUCUACAAAUCAUUGGUUCCGAUUUGCGUGGAAGAAGCAUUCGUGAAUGGGAAAGUGAAUUAGAAAAGUAUAAGAAUAUUCCAAACGAAGAUAUUCAAAAUAUACUAAAAGUAAGUUUUGAAGGAUUGGACAAAAAUGAACAGGAUAUUUUCCUCGAUAUUGCAUGUUUCUUCCAAGGAUUGUCCAAAAAUUACAUUGUGGAUAUCUUAGCUGCUUGCAAUUUAUAUCCGGAUUCUGGUAUUCCAAAACUCAUUGAUAAAUGUCUCAUAAGGGUUGAAUUUGACAAGUUAUGGAUGCAUGACUUGAUACAACAAAUGGGUAGAGAAAUUGUUCAACAAGAAUCAAAUGUGCUUGGAAAACGUACAAGGCUAUGGUGUUAUGAUGAUGCUUUAAAAGUUCUUACAGAAAAUACGGGUUCAGAUGAAAUUCAAGGCAUAAUGUUGUGCUCCCAUAAACCAACAACGGUGACAUUGGUAGCUAAUGCUUUUGAAGGGAUGAGAAAUCUCAAAUUUCUUAUAGUUGAUAAUGUCCACAUUUGUGAAGAACUUAAAUAUCUCCCCAACGGAUUAAAGUUGCUUCAAUUGCCUAAUUAUCCUUUUCCCUUACCAUCCAAUUUUUGUCCUCAAAAACUUGUUACACUCAAGAUGCCAUGUAGUCGCAUUCGGUUAGCGAAGUUAUUUAAGCAGGAGUUUCAAUUCCAGAAUUUGAAAAGUAUCGAGCUCUAUGAAUGUGAGUCUAUUACAAAAUUACCUAAUUUAUGUGCCCCAAACUUAGAGAAGUUGGACCUUUCAUUUUGCAAAAAUUUAGUUGGGUGUCAUGAGUCCAUUGGAUUUCUUGAUAAGCUUCAAAAAUUGUAUCUUUUUGGUUGUGAAAAACUUCAAAAUUUUCCAAGCCAUCUCACGUGGAAAUCUCUCGACAUUUUGGAUAUUUCAUUCUGCUCAAGUCUUGAUUUAUUUUUCUUCGACGGCUGCCGUAUCAGGUCUUAUGUAGUUUUGCAGUUUCGUGGUUUAUAUGGAUAUUGUUGUAAAAAUAUUGUGGAUCUUGAAGAUAUCAUCUAUGAAUUACCACCGCCUGAGAUAUUAUUUAUAUAUACUGGCAAAUCGAGACCCUGGUGUGAAUGUUCUACUUUUCUAAAGUCAUAUUUGUUUCUAGAUCUAAGCAAUGUUCAAAAUCUAGAUAUGAGUAAUGUUGGAAAUCUAAUUGAAUUAGAGUUUUUGAUGAAGUCUGAUUACUUUCCUGUAUUGGAACGUCUAUAUUUAAAUGAAAUCAAUAUUAUUACCAUCCCGAAAAGCAUCGCUAAGUUUACCAGAUUAGAGAGACUUGGAAUAAAUUGUUGCAAGUAUCUUCAGGAAAUUCCAAAGCUUCCACAAUCUUUAAGAGAAGUGUGUAUACUAAACUCCCAUUCGCUACAUCCACAAUCAUCAAACAAUUUGUUUAGUCAGUUUGGGCGAUCACAAUAUGAACAUGAAUAUGAACUUAUACUACCUGGAUCAGAGAUUCCAAAGUGGUUCAAUUAUCAAAGUGUUGGAAAUUCCAUUUCAUUCUGGAUCGAUUGUCAUUGUGGUUGUUAUUAUCGACCAUUUAUUUACUGUAUUGUUUUUAAACCAGAUGAACGGGAUGCUACUAUUCAAGCCUCCUUGAAAUUUAAUGAGAUAAAGAUUGAUUGGAUUCCUUCAGAAAAAGAAUGGGUUAUGGAUAUGACGUGUAAUCAUGUAUGGGCUUUUAGGUUUGAUCAACGUGAGUUUAAGGCCAUAAAUAUAUAUAAGUUGAAACGUGUGUUAGUAGAAUUUGAAUGUAAAUCAUAUCGAUCUCAUAUCCUAAGUUGUGGGCUCUAUAUUAACUGCGCCUGUCCUCGUGUUCAAGAUCUAUCCAUCAACACUCUCCCACUUGUUCCAAAGCCUGACUGCCCCAUGCGUUCUAUUUUAAACUCUUGUUUGGAGCGUUCAAAUUUGAAUUCAAUGGAAACAACAUAUAAUGAUUCUGACUCACCAUUGGAAGGCUCUCAUGAUGAUGGAUGUGAUUUGAGUUUGUCACCAUGCACUUCUCCCAUGGGAAGAAACUAUCCACCUCCUCAGCCUCAGGUCACUGUCCCUGAUGACACUAGCCACACUUCGCCAUCUGGUAUAGACCUUCCAACUGCCAGUGUGGCGUUUCAUUUGGGUUCUUCUUCAAUGGCCCAUAACUUUGUCAGUGAUGAUGAUUCUGACAUCAAUUUGUAUUCUCCAUCGAAGAAAAUGAGAAAAUCUUGAUUGAACUUGGAAGAAGAAAUAUGCCUCCAUCUGAAAAAGAACCUUGAAACAAUUUUCUUCUUCAUUGUUCCCAUUCCAUUUCUUUAGCAUUUGAAGCCAAGAAGGUGGAAAAGCUGAAAUUGAUGUGCCUACAGUUUGUAGCAGCAACUUAGUGAUUGAUAUCAUUUAUCCUUGAGAUUCUCAAGCUAGAAGAAUUGUUGGAUGGUUUAGUUGGGAAUUCAAAAACUCCAUCAAGGGCAGUUAAUUUACUCCCAAAAUAUCUAAGAUCCUAUUUCUAUUUUUGUGGUGAAAGCAUGAGAUUCAAAAUCAAUCUGUACAGUGGCUCAGUGCCUAGAGUUUCAUACUUUUUCCCCCCUCAUUUUCUAUAUUGUGUUGGCUGGAUAAGGAGUGUGCGGCAGUUCGACCUGAGCAAAGUACAAGUCAAUUUGUUUCAAGCAACAGUGCCAACACAGAAAAUUUAAGCAGCACAAGUAGGCCAAGGUUGAUUGAAAAUGAGGACGGCUUCCUGGAGCUGUGCUGCUUGUAAGGGCUAGGAUUCUGCAGAGGUUGAGAGGGGUGCCUCUUUCUGCAAACAGGUCUGAUGAUGGAUCCAUUUUUCUUCUCUGACUCCACUUUUAGAUGGACCUCUAUGUGUAAAAACUGGGUUAUAGUGAUUCAUUUAAUUCUCAUGGAAUGGCCAGAAAAACCUGCCUAGAGAACAUCACUCAUCACUGCCACAAGUGAGCCUGACUCAUUGCCAGUGGAUUCACAUACCUGUCCUCAUGCAAAUGCAUACUUGCUCGCUUCAUAUUAGCUAUUCCUUGCUUUCCUCUAUCCUCCGUUUUCUGUCAUUUCACUCCAUUGAUCCAUAAAACAACUGAGUCGCAUGUGAGGUCUAAUGUUCUGCAAUGGAAAGAACAAAUUAAAUGGACAUGCUUUUAGUAUCCUUUUUGCUUGCCUGCUGGGAUAUUUCUUCUACUUGUUUUGAUUUUUUUAAAUUUGAGAGCCUGUUCUCUACUUUGAAGUUUAACUGAACUGAUGAACCUUCACUUUGAUGCUUUUAAAAUUUUAGUCUCUUUAGAAGAACUUUCUUUUAUUUAUAUACGAACGUGCUUACGGUGGAUAGUUUGUCUGUGAUGGUUCCAUCACCAUAUUAGGAGGCCUAUUUCUGGUGAUUAUAACCUUUUUAAAUUUGAUUUAUUAUUUAGAUGUAUUUGGACUAAAGCUUGUAAUAGCCCAAUUUAGAGUUUCUGAAGCUCGUCUUCAAUGAAUUUUCUAGUCAUACAAAGAAAGUGAUAAGUAGGUUAGCUUCCUAUGUUUCCUUUUGUUUCAUUCUACUUUUCUUCCCUUUGUCCUGUAAGUUUGAAUUCCGAUAUGCUUGCCUAGUUAUUGUAGAUUAGUGGUAGAGCUGUCUUUAGUACAUGUAACUAUCCUUAAAGGGACAAGAUGCACGCACCAGUCAUGGCUUGCCUUUUUGGUUCAUAUAUCUGAAUCCUAUAUGAUCUGUGUUAGUAUAACUGCACCUUUUUAAGAGGAGGGUAAAAAAUGUUUUUAUUAAUAAAAAGGAAAUCGAAAUGAGCUGUGUUAUCAUCUUACUUAUCAACAGGAAAAAAAGCUAUAUUAUCUUACAGGGGAAAUCAACCAGAUUUUCUUUUUCUUUUUCUUUUUUUAAAUAAUUUUUUGCUAGAUAGCACUGGGUGUAUGUUAGGAUUUUGUCCUAGGUUUUUUCUAAAAAAGCAAAAAAACUCUCGUUCCAAAAAAAAAAAAAACCCUAGGUUUUUUAAAAAUAAGUUGACUUUUAUCUUUUUGCCUCAAAUUUAGCAAAUAAGCUACAGGAAACUAUGGGAAGUCAAAGAAAGUGGAAGUGAUUUUUCUUUAGUUGGGAUUUAAAAAAUGAUUUUGAUUAUCCCAUAUGACCUGAACUACUUUGUUGUAUCUUGCUUAGUAUUUGGACAUUUAAAUUGGAGACAUUAUCAGCUUUACUAUAUAGGUUACUGUUCUGGGAAAAAAGGGACUUGUUUAAUUGCUGUUUGAUACGUUCAUACCUAGUGUUUAAAUACAUACAAUAAGUUUUUGACUUAUUAUCUAAAAUUUUCUGUCUAGAUUGGUCUGAGAUGGAGGGCAGAGAAGGAAGUCAUAUCUGGGAAAGGGCAGUUCAUAUGUGGUAACAAACACUGUGAUGAAAAAGAUGACUUGGCCAGCAAUGAGGCAAGUGUUUUAGUAACAUCAUUGAUCUCUAUAGCAUUUUAUGGGUCAACUUUAGUUAUUCUGAAGCUGGAGAAAACAAACAAGCACUUGUGAAAUUGGUAACUUGUGAGAGAUGUGCGGAUAAGCUUCAUUACAAAAGGCAGAAAGAGAAGGAGCAAUCAGAAAAAAGAGAACGAGAAGAAAGCAAAAGAAAGAGGAAUCGGUCAAGGAGUAUUGAUGAAACAGAUAAUGACUGCGAAGGGAGCAAGGAGAGAAGAAAAGAGUAUUAUAAGUGGGUUAGUGACGGUUUACGAUUUUAACUCUCAUCUUGUGAGAGGCUACAAUUAUUGUUAAAA